AAAAGUGGUCAGAAACGGGACGACCGUAAGGCCUAUCCCUCUUUGUCGUCUGUCUUCCUGCUGGCACUGGUACUUUAGCACUCUCUAACUCGAUCGAGCGCUUCCUCCUCCAUCGCUCGCUCGCUCGCUCCAUCGCUCGAUCGUCUGCUGCGAUGGCGUCCCCGGCAGCAGUGGGGAGAGCACGAAUCGCGGCCAAGGGCGCCACCAUCUACGACUCGUACCCGCUCAGCCUACGCACAUUCCUAGCUGAAGGCCCGUCGCCCUUUGUGCGGUCAGUGUCGCACACGAUGGAGGAUGUGGCAGUGGACGACGACGACUUCCUCAGCAAUUUGCACAAUACUUCAUCCUCCGUUGGCACGAUUGACCUGAACGACGGAGUGAGGACAGGGACGACGGCGCGCUCAACGCAACUGUGCAGCACGUUUGGCAAGUUCCAUAACGAGGUGUUCGAGACGAAAGAGCGGUCCAAAGUGCUCAGUGCGUUACGCCAUCGUGGCAAAGCGGCAAAAAAUGCCUCCGGAAUCAAACAGCGCGCGCCAGUGCGCCCGGCAGCUCCAUCAACGUUCACAGCUGACGACGUACUUCGCGCUGGCACGCUCACGAAACAGGGAAGCUGGAGACGCAACUGGAAAACCAGGUUUUUCAUUCUUCGCAGCGACUGUCCGAGCUUGUGCUACUUCACGUCCGAGGACAAAUUGGAGCUGCUAGGUGAAAUCCCCAUCACGGAAGACACGAUCGUACUGGACCGCAGUGGCGGAGGCCACGCCCCGUUCCGAUUCCAGAUCCGCACCGAUGCACACACGCUCUUGCUCGAAGCCGAGAGUCGCGAGAACCAGAAGCGAUGGAUUGAUUCCUGCCAAGAACUGGCAGAUGCCAUUCGAGCGUCGAAAUUCUCGGUUAACACUUCCAUGUCGAGUUUUUCCAUUGACGGCCGCCGCUCUUCACUAGUUAGAGGAACGACCGUGCACACUUUGCGAGCCACUGAAAAAGAUCUUUUGGAGGCCAGUGCGUCGUCGUCACAGAACUGGGAUGACACGGAGACCAGCGGAGUGGACGAAAUGGAGAUCAGCACAAGACGAUACCAAAAUCCUCAUCGCCUAACAAGCAGCAGUGCCAGUGGCUCCACCAGAUCGGCAACACCGGAAAAUGGUCAGCGGCGAUUAUACGAUUUAUCAAUCUCGGUGGUGAUGGGUAGACGCAGCAAAUUGGCAAAAUCCGUGGAGCAUUUGGACAAAGAUAAGGACCGCACGGGAUGUUUUGUCACUGUCAGUGGCUACAUCCGCAGCAGCAAUUCGUUCGUGGAACUGGGCGUGACAGACGCAGUGAAAUUGACAACUUUAGUGGCGACGUGUGGAGCAGCUUCUGGCACAUCCGGGGAGCCCACUCCCGUGCCAUUUUCGGUCGUUAUGACGGCGGAAUUGGAGCGUUAUGACCAGCUGCGACUUGCCUUGUGCAAGACGCAACUUACACAGAGUCCGGGCAACAUUCAGGGCACAAUUGGCGUGGGGAGAUGUCUAUUGGACGCACAGUUGUUAGGCUCGACGCCGUGUGCCGUGGCAGUGACAGAACGCAGCACGUCGUCCAGAGAUUCCCUUGUUACGAACAACCCGUUGCCACAGAAGAAAACUGGAGAGCCUGGAGGCCCUCUUCCUCCUGGCAGUGGCUCAUCUUCGAGUCUUUUUAGCGACAGUGAGAGUGUGCAGCUAGUGGUACAGGCUUUCCGUUCUGUGCCUCCACAAAGUGUGCUCCCUACCACAGGCGUUGACAUGGCAAAUGCCAAGUAUCUUAUCCCGACAACUCUGGCUCCUGGUCGCGAGACUGCUGGCAAAAUGGCUACAACAACGCGUGCCGAUAUUCCCGGUGGUACUCGUGGUAGCGACGUGCGUACCUUUAUGGAGAACGACACAUUCCUCACUGGUAUUGGCUUGGGGACUCUGAAUGAAGCUCCGAACGGCAAUCUUCGGUUUGUGGCAGUGGAUGAAAUCUUACGCGUACCGAGAAGUACUUUUGCAUUACCGAUUGCGUAUCUGGAUUUCCUCGAGGAACAAGCGUUAGAACGGACGAGAUGGCUACAAAAGCAGUUGCAUGCUAAGCUUGCAACUCCUCGUGAAGUGGAGCGACUGAAUACUGAGCUCGAGUUCUUGCGUAAGAAGCAGGAGGAGUACCUUAAACAGCGUCAGUUCCUCAUUCGACAGGAGAAGCGGUUGCUGGACGAGCAAAAGGACGGCAAGUUCUUCCUGGCCGCCAAGCGUGCUGGGAUGGUCUCAGUUGCCAAUGAAAGGGACUCGUUGGGAGCGUCCAGCUCGUCUGUGGCCAGUGCAGCGUCAACUGGAGCAGAGACGGAAGCAGUGGCGCCGUUCAAGCGGAGUACGUACAAGAACCUCAACUUGUGGCAGUUUCUGCCCACCAACAUGCAGGACCAGUUCCUGUGUACGUACAAGCCUCCUACGAGCAACAAGCAGGGCCGUAGUGUGCCUCUUUCAUCUCGACCUUUUGUGUGGCAUACCAUGACGAUGGGGUGUCCUGCAGCACAUACCAAGGGCUUCGCGAACGGAGGCUACCCCGCUACAGUUCCCGUUAUGACAGUCAACCCGACUGGUGCAGCUGAAGACGAGUCUCUGUUGGAUAGCAGCAAUGAAGGAGAUCUCCCGAGUCCGACGUCGCCUGUAUCGAGAGCAACAACAGUCAACGGACCGUCACCACAAACGACGGCGUCCUCGGAUGACUCGUUGACUGCGUUCAAGCUGCGUCUCGAGCUUCAGGACCGUCUCACUGUCAUUGGCAGUCAGAUUCUAUCGGCUACCGCGGCCUGUAUACUGGCGUCACUGGAUCUGGCGCUGAGUGGGAGCGCUCUGCAUCAAGCUCAGAUUGACCGUGCGCCAACCUUCGGCUUCCUUAUGAACUUUGAGUCGCUGUUGAGUACACAGGGCAAAGAGUACGGCAUGCUGGAGGACUUUGCCGCUGGAGCGCGAUGGCUACGCAACGUAUUUAUCCAGUUUCGUCGACACUCGACUACGGGCACUUUCUUCUCGUUGAAGAAGUACACGCCGGCGGGAUCCAACGCGAAUGAUAAUAACUGUUUACUGCUGACAAUGGGCAUCGAUGACGAGCACAUGUCGGUGCUGCCACCGUCGCUCGUUUCGGGUGACGGCGUCGUUCAUAUCCGCUGCGUUCUGUUCACUCAGGGCGUCAAUGAGAAGCAGAGUCUGGUACACGCCUACAAGUCCAGCGCUGUCAAGCUACAAGAGCGUGUGAACCGGGACAACCUGAUCGAACUGAAGCGGAUCUACGCUCUGUACCGGCAGCUACGCACAGAAGAGACGGAGUUCCGUGUACGACAGAGCCGGCGACUGCGAGCACACAGCUCCAUCUCGUCUUCUGCCAUUGACGACGCCGACGAGGCCGCAAUGGCUAUCGACCGCCACGACCUGCAAGCUCUGGACGACCUGUUGGUGCAGAUUGAGCACCACAUUUGCUCGCCCACGAGUCAGUACAAGAAGAACGUGGCGCUCCUGAUGGACUCGUCGGAUUUCUGCAGAGCUCUAGGCGGCGCGCGGGUCACGUGCUGUAAGAGUGGCAAGGACCGGACGGCCAUGUCCGUCACGUUAGAGCAGGCACGGCUGCUCUGUGCGGAGCUCCAGGCCUCUCAAGGUGCGGCAUUGUGUGCCAACAUGCGGCUGUACGGCGUGCGCCGACGCAACGUCUUCAUGAACACAAAGGCGGACAAGUUCGCCUUCAACGAGAUGCAGCGCAAGAUGCUGCCCGACUGCUACAAACCGCCGGCGGGCACAUACAAGUCCGGCAAAACAUAAGCCGUUAAAGGACUACGACUCCGUGAUGAGAAGCGGACGAUACGAUAAGUGGGAAGUCCACGGCUGUGCCCCGUGGUGUUAAUAUUUAGGUGAAAGUGUGGACAUGGCGCUGCUCAGAGGCCAGUGGGAAGCAACUCGCGGCGCGGUUUGGUCGCAAAGAGUCGAGACGCGACAAGCCACGUGUGCAGCUCGGGCGAGAUCCAAGCUGGCUGGUGAUAAAGCGGUCGCCGUGUUUGAGCUGGCGGUUUGUCUGCUAUUUGCUCGCGUGGAGAUAACGUCGCAGUUGCGGCGGUGUUGUCAAUAGGCAAAGGCGUCUGAGAGCAGCCACGAGAAGUGCCACAUAGAGUUAGUGGUCAUGUACAGCGAACAGUGAACACAGUCAAUCUACUAGUAUCACAUGAAAUUGGACGAAUCCCCCAACUCACCUCGUUGCUCUCGUAUUCCUCUUGCAAAGCUCCUUGGUCAUUAUCAACGAGCUCUUCUUCAUCAACGCUGUUGCAUCCAUCGCUUUCCUGACCAUCGUCGUCGCUAGUACCAGCAUCUUCGUAGUUAUCUACAGCUCCCGCCAUAUUGCUGGCAAACACGCGCUUGUCAUUCCGGUUCAGUGGUGGCAGAGGCAUUGAAAGCACUCGAGGAAGAGUCUGGACGUCGACUCUGCGCUCGUCUAGACGCUCCACCAGACGAGCUGCGUUGAUACCUGCGAUAUCUUGACGAGCAUGAUCUACGAUGUAG